GUCAAGCCGUACGCCGGCCGAGCUAAGGCAGCGGGCCCCGCGCGGCCCGGAUCCUCCGCGACCGAGACGCACAGUUGUUAGCAAGCGUGACGAGAUUCUCCGGGCCCCGUAACUCAACAUGACACCAGCUGCUUCGCAGCAGUGACGUCACCGUGGGCGCGUUCGUGCAGCAUCCUCUCAGCUCUCAGCACAUGGACCAGACCGGAACCAGCGGCGCAAGAGCGGCCCACACCCACCGAGGACUCGGAGGGACUCUCACCCCAUCAUGGCGAUCCUCCUCCUCUUCCUCCUCCUCUUGCCCGGGCCGGGGCUCUCCCUGCUCGGCUUCCGUCCGGAGGAGACCGGCCCGGAGCUGUCCGUGCACGACGGGGUUCUGAAGGCCACCGAAGGGACGCGCUUCACUUUGCGGGUCUACUACUCCAACCCCCCGCUGCACAGUAGACUCAACCGGACGCGGACCACCAGCGCGGCCCCUUGGAUCGCCUUCAUCGAGGAGCCCACCGGAACCCAGGCGCGCCCCCGACCCCGGAACGUUUGCGCGGACAAGAGCGCGCGCACGUCCGACAUCGAAGUGCUGGGCUCGUUCAAGUCCGCGUCGAGCCGCAACUCGGUCCUGGUGGAGCUGCUGGCCAAGGAGCUGCGCCGAGGGGAGAGCAUGAAGUUCUACUCGGUGUGCACCUUUGACGGGUCCAAGUGGGAGCACUACCGGACUAGAGACUUCUGGGUGGCGGUGGUUGAACGCGUGGGGGAAACUCCCGAGCUGUGGCUGCAGGUUCUGGUGUCGGUGCUUCUGCUGGCCUUGUCGGCGCUCUUCAGUGGGCUCAACCUGAGCCUACUAGCGCUGGACCCUGUGGAGCUACAAGUCCUGCAGAACAGCGGCACCGACAGGGAACAACGCUACGCCCGUAAGAUCAAAUCGGUGCGCCGCCACGGUAACUACGUUUUGUGUACACUGCUGCUGGGUACGGCACUCAUCAACGCCUCCUUGGCCGUGUGGACGUGUCGCAUCCUGGGCAUGACGUGGGUGUCCACCGCCAUCUGCGCGCUGGGCAUCUUCUUCGUGGGCGAGAUCCUGCCGCACUCGGCGGCAUCUCGCCACGGCCUGGCCAUCGCAGCGCGCAGCAUCUGGCUGACGCGCCUGCUCAUGGUGCUCUCCUUCCCCGUGUCCUACCCGCUCAGCAAGCUUCUGGAUCUCAUCCUGCACCAGGAGAUCUCCAACUUCUACACCAGAGAGAAGCUGCUGGAGAUGUUGCGCGUCACUGACCCGUACCACGACCUGCUCAAGGAGGAGUUGAACAUCAUCCAGGGGGCGCUAGAGCUGCGCAGUAAGACAGUGGAGGACGUUCUGACCCCGCUGGGCGACUGCUUCAUGUUGGCGGCCGACACCCUCCUGGACUUCAACACCAUGACGGAGGUCCUGCAGAGCGGCUACACGCGCAUCCCCGUGUACCAGGACACGCGCGCCAACAUCGUGGACGUGCUGUUCGUCAAGGACCUGGCCUUCGUGGACCCGGACGACUGCACGCCUCUGCAGACCGUCACACACUUCUACAGACGCCCGCUACACUGUGUCUUCAGUGACACUACCCUCGACGCCAUGCUCGAGGACUUCAAGAAAGGUAAAUCUCACCUGGCCAUUGUUCAGCGCGUGAACAACGAGGGCGAAGGCGACCCGUUCUACGAGGUCAUGGGCAUCGUCACGCUGGAGGACGUUAUCGAGGAAAUCAUCAAGUCUGAAAUCCUGGACGAGACGGACCUCUACACCGACAACCGCAGCAAGCGUCGCGUGUCGCACCACGACAGGAGGCACCAGGACUUCUCUAUCUUCAAAAUGGCCGACCACGAGAUGAAGGUCAAAAUUUCCCCGCAGCUCCUGCUGGCCACACACCGCUUCCUGUUCACAGAGGUGGAGCCUUUCAAGCCGGUCUACAUCUCUGAGAAGAUCCUGCUGAGGCUCAUCAAGCAUCCCAGCGUCGUCCAGGAUCUGAACUUUGACGACAAAAACAAGCACGCACCAAAGCACUUCCUGUUCCAGAGAAACAAGCCUGCAGAUUACUUCGUCCUGAUACUGCAGGGUAGAGUGGAGGUGGAGUUUGGCAAAGAGUGCCUCAAGUUUGAAAAUGGAGCUUUUUCCUAUUUUGGCAUUCCCGCCAUCAUGCCAGCAGCUUUUUUUGGGUGCUCAGACCCGAGGUCCCCGUCUCGCUCAGAGUCAGACGGGUGGUCCCCAGGCCAGCUCAACGGGGGGUCCAAUGUCUACGUGCCCGACUAUUCUGUGCGACAGCUCACGCCUGUACAGAUCCUCAAGAUCACCAGGAGCCAUUACCACAAUGCGGUUGGGGCCUCCAGGAUGGACACCUCGCCGCAGACGCCCGACCCUGACGCCCAGGUAGCGGAGCCUCUGGCGCCCGAGAACGGCACCCCCGCUGCCGGCACAGCGGGCGCCACACUGAUGCCGCCGCCUUGGGACCUGGGUCGACACCCUACGGCCAGGACCAGAGAACAACAGCAGUCUGGCAUCCCCCACACCACCUCCGUGCUCAAUCGCAGGAAUCGCAUUGUCAGAAGUAAGUCCGACGGACAGAGGAGUCCGAGGGAUUCCAUCUUCCUGCGGCUGGACGAGAUCCCGUACAGCCGAGACGACCAGCCGGACGACGCUGACCUGGCCAACGUUCCCACGGUAACAGACACGUCUCCGUUCAUCAGCAGCUUGUCUGUCAACGCCUCGGAGGACACGCUGGGAAACAAACUCCGACUCAAGCUCAGCCACAAGAAGAGACAAAAGUUACAAGAAGAUGAUAAAACAGAGGAGCCAGAAGACAAUUGGAUAAAUAAACACGAUGAAACGGAAGAAGACUCAUCUGAACACACGCUCGCUAAAAGCUAACUUGGGAACCGAGACGACCGCACAACCUUAACGACAUUGUUUACGGAAAAGACCAAGACGUCUGGUUUUAUUUAGCGACCUCCUCCAGGGGGCGCUGCUUCGACAGCAACGCGGAUGCUGGCAUACGUGAAGAAGACGUCCAACGAAUGUCAUAUCUAUUUUGUAGAUGUCAACAGGUCACGUUUUCUUGUGAUGACGCAACGCCAAAGAUGUCACCAUGCCGCAAGAAGUUAAUUUGAACUUUGAAACGAUUUUUGCUCGUGAGUGUUGCUGGCUUAUAUGACACUUUGAAUCAUAAAACACAUUUUUUGAUACUUAAUGCAUUUUAUGCUCAAGUGUAUGAGGAUGAGUAAAUAUGAAAAAAUGAAAUCUUGUUCAAUUAAUCGCUAUUAUAAUAAAACUAAAAUAUUUUUAUAAUGUAUUUUAUUUUAAUUUUGAAAAUGAUUAUUUUGAAUGUAAAUUAUAAAUUUAUUUUGAAUUAUUUUGAUAUACUCCACACAUUUGCAAUUUUGUUUUCCUGUAUUCCGGCGGCGUGGUGGACCAGCUGUAAAGUGUUGGCCUCACAGUUCUGAUGACCGUGGUUCAAAUCUCAGUCCUGCCUGUGUGGAGUUUGCGUGUUCUCCCCGCGCCUGCGUGGGUGCUCUCCAUCCACGUCCCAAAAACGUGCAACAUGAAUUGGACGCUCUAAAUUGCCCCCAAGUGUGAUUGUGAGUGCGACUGUUGUCUGGCUCCGUGUGCCCUGUGAUUGGCUGGCAACCAGUUCAGGGUGUCCCCCGCCUCCUGCCCGUAGACACCUGGGAUAGGCUGCGGCACUCCUGUGACCCUUGUGAGGAUAAGCGGCUAAGAAAAUGGAUGGUUUGAUGUAGUUAUUCCAAAAUUAACUUUACAUGCUAUAAAGAUGUCUUUUUUUUUUAUAACUACUUUAAUAUGUGUUUUCAAUUUUACUUUUUAAUAUUAUAAUUGGUUCCUCCCACAUCCCAAAAACAUGCAACAUGAAUUGGACAGUCUAAAUUGCUGGUGUGCUGGCUUUGGGCAAGAGGACCAACCCUACCAUCCUAAACUGGUCCCCAGCUAGCUGCAGGGCGCACAUAACCAUUUGGAGUCACAUUCACGGCUCAAGGUAAAUUUUUUUUUCCUGGUGCUUGGGGUUGUGGGGGUACCGAGAGAAAACCCCCACGUAUGCAGGGAGAGCUUGGAAACUCCACCCCAGCUGACUUUUGACAAAAGGUGUGGAAUAUCCUGAACUGGUCCCCAGUCAAUCACAGGGCACAUUUACACCACUGAACAAUUGAAAAUCUUCAAUGAACCUACCUUGCAUUUUUGAGGGAUGUGGGUUGAAACACACGCAGGCACAAGGAGAACAUGCAAACUCCACACAGCUGAGGCGCGACCUUUCAGAUUUGAACCCACAACUUCUGAACUGUGAGGCAGAUAUUUCAAUCAGUCA